AUGAACAACAACGCGGUGGGGAACGAGUCGGACGAAGGGGUCGAGAGAAACGAUGUUUUCUUGUACAGAAGCCAAGUGGGGAAUGAGGGAGAGUCCUGCAAUGUGUUGUGUCUCUUCCUCUUUUUUAUUUCCCUAUUUUUUGUAAUGCUGAUGACGGCCGAUAAUAGCACUGGCCCGACGGGCAGUGGCUUCGAGGGCGGCUCAGGAAGUGCCCUUGGUGUGGACACCGAUGACAAUCUCAUGCCGGGGGGAGGCGGAGAUAGGUCCAUGCCGGACGACGUGCUCGACAACGUACUAAUCCAGUGCCUAAAUUUUAAGGGUCGCUACCGGGUGGAGGACCGGGGGCGCUCCCGCAGGAGUGAAGAAAGCGGCGCCAGUACCGCAAGUACCACCAGUACCGUCAUGAAGAGUGAUCCGAGAGGGGGAGAAUUCGAAGCCAAGCUGAUUACGCUAAAGCUGUCCCUCCAUAACAUAACGAAGUCGUUUCUGUUUCUGUACUUUGAUCCGCAGGGCGGGAGGGGAGGAAGCAGCAUCCACAAGGAUAGUCACGGUGUUGGGUCGCCUAACCAACCAAUGAAGCAACCGAGCAAGUUCCAGUUCCUCGGAGUGCCCGGACUUAACGUGAACCGAGAUAACACGUACAUGUUUAACGGUCUUGGAUAUAACUUCCUCACGCUCUGCCAGGACGAGAAGAACUGCAUUUGCAACUACAACGUACGCAUUCAACAGAACGUAUCCAUGCACGAAUCCACAUCUCUGAGGGAGGUAGAAGAGUCUUAUCUGUACUUGAUGAAAAAGUACCUCAUGGACGAGGCGGAGUCCUUUGGCACGUACCUUUCGGCCAGGUACCGUGAUCAGUAUGAGCGUUAUCUGAGUGGGAAGGCUGCUGGCGUGGUGGCGGAAGGAGCAAAUGUCGGUACGGACACGUCUCACGGGAAGGUGGGUACUUCUAACGACAAGACGGACAGUCCUCCUGACACAGCUGACAAUAAUCAUGUGGUUGGGGACAGUACCCUUGUAGUUGGGGACACUCCUUAUAUGGUGGGGGACACCCCCCACUACGAUGGCUACAUCUCCUCGGACAACUGCGGGCUGUUCGUCCGUCUGGAGGGAAACGACGUGGAUAAGAAAUACGCGGCGGCGCAGGUAACGGCCUUCUCCAUCCUGUACAAUAUCAAGUCCAUUAUUGAGUUAGGAUUGUUUUAUUUGCAAAUAGGUCGAAGUAGCGAGAAUAUGCGAAGCGCAAGUAAAGUGUCCCUGCUGUCCAUCUGUCUAAACUCAUUUAUCGACCUAUUCGAGUCUCUCCUUCUUCUGUACGAAGUGAUGCUAUCCCGACUUUUACUGGUUCACUUCAUAUUUAUGGUUCUUUUGAAGUUUCUUUUAUUUACCCUGAUGGAGCUAAGAUACAUUUUAAUUAUCUGGAGAGCGAAUCACCAGCAGGACCUACAGGAAGGAUGGGAUCAGCUGCAGAGGAAGUUGGGAACCUUAUACAAAUUCUACUACGGGAGUAUCUUACUGGUUAUAGUAGCAUUUUAUUACAUCUUCCCAAUAUGUCCUUACGUUCUUUUGUUACUGUACAUGUGUUGGGUUCCUCAGAUUAUGUUGGACAUAUGGAAAGGGCAAAGAAACUCAAUAAACCUCAAGAUAGCUUUUGCUCUAUCCUUAUGUAGAGUGUUCCUUCCAGUGUACCGGUUCAUGUAUUCACAGAGCAUUUUCCAGUUGGACGUAUUCGCACGCGCGGUGGACUCUUCCAACAGUACGUUCAGCAUCCUCCUCAUCGUCAUCCUAGCCGUGCAACUACUUUUCAUGUCUCUGCAACGGCUGUAUGGACCAAGGCACCUCAUCGACAUUGACCUGCUACCCCAUGUGCACAACUACUACAAGUCCAUCGACCCAAAUUUUGAGACGGGUAUUCCAGAGUGCGUCAUCUGUAUGUACGAUAUAGUCCUAAAGGACAGGAAGUACUGUGUCACUCCCUGCUUCCAUAUCUUUCACGACAAGUGCCUGCAGCAGUGGAUGGACGUCAAGCUUGAGUGUCCCACCUGCCGGGGCGCCCUCCCCAACUUCCCCUAA